CCCUCCCCCUGCACAGCAGGGCUAUAAAGGCCGGCGCAGACGGCGACAGACACUUUCCACGUCAGUCACCGGCCAGAGACGACCCCUCCUCUCUUCCCAGAGCUUCUCUCCAGUCAGGAUGUCCAUCACCAAGAUUCACGCUCGUGAGAUUCUGGACUCCAGAGGAAACCCCACCGUGGAGGUGGACCUGUGGACGGCCAAAGGUCUUUUCAGGGCUGCUGUCCCCAGCGGUGCGUCCACCGGAGUCCACGAGGCCCUGGAGCUCCGUGAUGGAGACAAGAGCCGUUACCUGGGCAAAGGUACCCAGAAGGCUGUGGACCACGUCAACAAGGAGAUCGCCCCCAAGCUGAUUGAGAAGAAAAUCAGCGUUGUUGAGCAGGAAAAGAUUGACAAGUUCAUGCUGGAGUUGGAUGGCACAGAGAACAAAUCUAAGUUUGGAGCUAAUGCCAUCCUGGGCGUGUCCCUGGCUGUCUGUAAGGCGGGAGCCGCAGAGAAGGGAGUCCCACUCUACCGCCACAUCGCCGACCUCGCAGGACACAAGGACGUCAUUCUUCCCGUACCUGCCUUUAACGUGAUCAACGGUGGGAGUCACGCUGGAAACAAACUGGCCAUGCAGGAGUUCAUGAUUCUGCCUGUUGGAGCUUCAAACUUCCAUGAGGCCAUGAGGAUCGGAGCAGAGGUCUACCACAACCUGAAGAACGUCAUCAAGGCCAAAUACGGCAAAGAUGCCACCAACGUGGGAGAUGAAGGAGGCUUCGCCCCAAACAUCCUGGAGAACAACGAGGCCCUGGAGCUGCUGAAAACAGCCAUCGAGAAGGCCGGCUACCCAGAUAAGAUCAUCAUCGGCAUGGAUGUGGCUGCCUCUGAGUUCUACCGCAACGGCAAGUACGACCUGGACUUCAAGUCCCCCGACGACCCGUCCAGACACAUCAGUGGAGAGAAGCUGGGAGACCUGUACCGCAGCUUCAUCAAGGGCUACCCAGUCCAGUCCAUCGAGGAUCCCUUUGACCAGGAUGACUGGGAACAGUGGGCUAAGUUCACCUCUUCUGUAGACAUCCAGAUUGUAGGAGACGACCUGACAGUGACCAAUCCUAAGAGGAUCCAACAGGCAGUGGAGAAGAAGGCCUGCAAUUGUCUUCUGCUCAAAGUCAACCAGAUCGGCUCUGUCACCGAGUCCAUCCAGGCGUGUAAGCUGGCUCAGAGCAGUGGUUGGGGUGUGAUGGUCAGCCACCGUUCUGGAGAGACUGAGGACACCUUCAUCUCUGACCUGGUGGUUGGACUGUGCACUGGACAGAUUAAGACCGGCGCCCCCUGCAGGUCAGAGCGUCUGGCCAAAUACAACCAGCUGAUGAGGAUCGAGGAGGAGCUGGGAGACAAGGCCAAGUUCGCCGGCAAAGACUUCCGCCACCCAAAGAUCAACUGAGACCCGCCUUACCUGCUGCCACCGUGGCCUCUGACUGACACCGGCGGUCCCUGAAGACCCCCCCCCCCCCCGCAGGGGGGAAGUCACGGGGUUCUGGCUCCACCCUGCCGGCUGUUAUUCCAUAACCAAUGUUUUCUAUAAAAGUAAAGAGAAACAAAUAAAAGCAUUUGUCCUGA